AUGCUCCCCAAAGAAGUUCGUGACCGUUUCCCUUCCUGGUCUCAUCUUCUACCCGGCUAUCCCCCCAAACUCUUCACUCACCUCUCGCAGCAGCUUGAGGCUUCUUUGCUCGAGAAAGUCCGCUCGUCUGUCACUUCCCCACUUCGCCUGGCCCGUUUAACCUCCCUGCAGGGUCCGCAUGCGGGGGAUUGGCUUACAGCGGCCCCUUCUUCGUCUCAGUUGCAGCUCACUGAAACCGAAUGGCGCAUCGCUGCUGCUAUCCGCCUCGGCCUCCCCAUUCCUCACCUCGGCUCUGCUGAAUCUUGCGCCUGUGGACAUCCCUUCUCAGACCCCUCCCUCCCAUCCCAUGCCUUACGCUGCCCCAAGAACAACGAGCCUACAAAAGUGCAUGACGCCAUCAAGCACGAACUGCACCGCAUCACCUUGGAGCUCGGCCUCGUGUCGCAGUUGGAAGACCACCACCUCCUUCCAGGCCGCCGGCCCGACAUCACCUGCAGGGACCUCCAAGCCGGCACCACCUUGGCUUUGGACAUUUCAGUAGCCGACCCGCAGCACGGCUUUCCCCACUCCAAUGCUGCCACCGUCAUUGGGUCAGCCGCAACCACACGCGAGACUGAGAAAGCAACUCUGUACGCACCAUCCCUGCGCGCCCGACCUGCCGUCAAGUUACUUCCAUUGGCGCUCGAGACUUUUGGGUCAAGGGGCGAUGAACAUGAGAGGGGAUGGGUGGGAGCCGCCAGUAGCAGCGGUGGCAGCGGUAGUGGCGGAGAUGACGCUGGCGACAGCGAUGAGUCGGAUCCCGAGGCCGUGGCUCUCACCAUGAGUCGGCUGGAGAGGGAGCUUGACGCAGCUGUGCAGGCAGAGGAUUACGUCGCUGCCGCUGGGCUCAGGGAUAGGCUCAGGCGCCUUCAGUCAGACAACGAGGUUGCAGUGAUUGCAGCCAACGCCCUGUUCUACCGGGCAUUCGGUGCCGCUGACCUCAGGCUCAUGCGCCGCGUGUGGGCGAGAGGAGAGCAUGUGCAGUGCAUACACCCUGGAGCAAACACGAUCUCUGGAUACGAUAUGGUGCUCAACAGCUGGGAGCUUAUAUUUGACGGCAUGAACCGCCAGCUCAGCAUUACACUGGAAGACGUGGCAUGCCAUGUGCGGGGCAGCAUGGCAGUGGUGACUUGUGUCGAGGUCAUCAAGUCAGCAGGCUCUGCUGGCAGAGUGGUGGCAACGAACGUGUUUGAGAAGGUCGGCAGUCAAUGGCUCAUGUGCUGCCACCAGGGGAGUCCAGCCCCACCAUCAAGCAGGACGAUGGGAUUUUAA